GUACGUUUUGAGUGUCAAUCUUUCCGACCUUUUCUAGCUGUAGUAGUCUAUAAUCUACUAAUCUAUGAUUGAUUCCCCCCCUUUUGAUUGGAAUUUUGUUUGAGUUUAUGUUUGCUUUGCUGUUUCAGUUUGUUGUAACUUGUAAAACUAGUAAAUGUUGAAACAUUAUUUGCUUGUUUUGUUUAGUAAAUGACGGUGUUGUGAUUUUAAUGCAUUAUUCUUUAAUCAGCCAAUAAUUAUUUAAUAAUCAUAACAUUCUAAUAUUCAGUUAACAAAUACACUUCUGGUACUCCCACUCAUUAACUUGGAUGUAGGUUAUUUAAAGUGUAACUUGGCGGAAUUCUGUAAACUGUAGUCACCAGUGAAUAAAUCAUUAGUUGGGUAUUCAGAAGGCUAUAAUGCCUAAUCAAGAAGAGACUCCUACUUCUGGCAAGAGUGUAUACCAAUCUCGUUUGAGAACAAAUAACGUUGUAGAUUACUCAUAUAAGAAAAGGAAGAUAAGGUAUGUGAAUCCACUUGCAAAAGUUGUACAGGAGAAAAGGUGCAAAGUGCAUCAGGUGAGGACGACAAAGAAUGUGAACCACUCGUCGAACAAACGCAAAAUGAAUUACGUAAAUCCGUUCGCCGUCGAAAGAAAGAAAAAAAAAGUUGAAGCUUAUCAGUCCAGAUCAAAAAAUGUUAUUGGAUCCAGCAAUGAAAGUAUUAACCGUAUUGAGGAAUCAAUUGCUAUCAAAAGAGAAGAAGAUCUGGCUUAUAACUUCAGAUCUAGAAAGAUCGUCAACUAUUCGUUUACUAAGAAAAGAGCUAAACGAUCGAAAAAAGAGAAAGAAGAUGGCCAUCCAAUCAAAUUGGAACCAGAUGAAGAUGACCUCCCGAUCAAAAGAUGGUUGGAACUAAAAUCAGAACCAAUAGGAGAUGACGGUCAAAUCACAUCGGAGCCAGAUGAAGAUGACCUCCCGAUCAAAAGAUGGUUGGAACUAAAAUCAGAACCAAUAGGAGAUGACGGUCAAAUCACAUCGGAACCAGAUGAAGAUGACCUCCCGAUCAAAAGAUGGUUGGAACUAAAAUCAGAACCAAUAGGAGAUGACGGUCCAAUCACAUCGGAACUAAGAACAGAUGACCUGAUAAAAUCAGAACUCAGGUUGGAACUAAAUAUUAAAUCUGAAAAUAACGAAAGUUCAAUGAAGAGUGUUGAUUCAGAAUUUGAUGUGCAUCCACUAAUAAAAAAUAAUGAAGAUGAUUCAUCGAUUCCAGAGAUGGUCGUUAGAGCUCCACCACCAACAUUUGAAUAUGUUUGUCCCAAAGAUGGUGCGCUACAAGAAGAGAUUCAUUCAAAUGCCGUUAAUUGUGAGAUGAAGUCUCCUAACUUGAUUAUCAAAACAGAAUCUACUGAAAACGGCGUCAGAAGAGAUUUGGAAGUAUCAGUUGAUCAAUGUUCCACGAACACUCAUAUUCCGAUUAGCGAAUCGGUUGAAGAUACAAGUGACGACUUGCAAUUCAUCCCGAACCCAGUUACGCUCAUAACAAUAAAUGAUGAUGAUGACGACGACAAUGAAGACUGUAAGUCUAAAGUGAAACUUGAAAUACAUACAGAAGAAACAGCCUUGAAUUCAGUGGCAAUUGGCGAAUUGAAACCAUGUGAGAAGACUGAAACUAAAGUAAAUGUUGAUGAAUUGCUUGAAGGUGCUGCGGCAAGCGAUGACUCUGAUAUAAAAACGGAAUCAGGACUAUUUAAACAGGAAAAUGAGUCUGAAAUGGAUUAUGGUGAUAUCUUUGAGUAUACAAUUAGAGAUGGUGGAUUUAAUAGGUUAACGGAAGUGUCUGAUGUAACUGAGUCGCUAGAAUCGUUGUUCAGAGACCGGAAUGGCCUGGAAGAGCCGAAUAACGGCGUGCUGAACGCUGCCUAUUUAAGACGCUAUGUGUGGGAACUGGAGAACAAGUAUAAGCGUUUUGAGGUGUACUCGUUCGACGGAGUGGCUGACGAGGUUGGUGGCAUUGAGCAACUCACCGAAGAGCAACUCCAACAUUCUUACUACACCAAUUAUCAGCCCGAGCCGCAACUGUCCGAGUCUCAGAAGGAAGAAAUCGAAUUGGAGAAAGAUAGAAUUUGCGAAGAAGCUUCUGGCUUCAAUAACCAUCUGUGGAGACGACCAUUGAAUGGAGGACCUUUUGCACAGACUGAUGAUACUCCUAUCCCGAGAUGUCCUGAAUACAUUCACGCAUUCACUCCCGCUGGACAACUUGUCUCUAUGAAGACUGAUGCUGAUAGACCUCCAAAAUUCAGGACAGAUUAUGAUCGCCGACUGUGGGACUUUGCUACAAUUUUCAACUUCAACCGUUACCGCGAAGACAUCGAGUAUGGAGACUAUUUGCCUCCAACAGCUAAUGCCGAAUUGGAAAGUCAAGUCCUGCAACUGGGAAAGGAAAUCAAUCAUGUCAUUAAAAGCAGUCCCGAAAUGUUGCCAUUCGAGAAAAUGCUAAUGCUGAAUGAAUUGAAACUUCAUUACUGGGACAAAUGUGUGAAAACUUGUUUACCACAUCUAGAGAAACUUGCUGAAUGUCUGUUGGAUGAAAUAAUAGAGGCUCCAGUGUACCUGUUUUCCUACAUUAAACACGUACAGAUAUAUGUGGCUGUCAGAAAGGUGAUGCUUCAGAAACGAUACCCAGGGCUGAGAUCAAAAGCGACCCUUCUGUACGAGAAGAUUAAGGAAAACGCAAUUCUUGGAGAAGAAACCCUUGACGAUUACAUUUUCAGUCAUUCCAAGCUGCUACACGAAUACUUCAAAAAUGCAAGUGUAUAUGAUAUGAUGAGACUGAAUGCUAGUACUGCUAGAAAUACAAUCAUACAGCAGAUCGGUAUCGAACUGACAGAAAAGAAGGAGGAAGAUGAUAACGCUUUGGAUCAGGAUGCGGGAGAAAACAAUGCUAGUGAUGACAAUGACAGCGAUGGCUCUGAUAAUGAUGAUAAUGAUGAUGACGAUGGCUACUCUGGUACUUACGACGAGGUCGGCUCAUCAUCGUCGUUCUCUGACGUCAGUGACUCGGAGCAUGGUGAACUGUUUUUCUUCGAGGACGACGUGUUUAGUGAUGAAGAUGACGUCAGUGAUUACGAUUCUUCAUCGGAUUCAUCGUCAUCAGAGGACGAAGCCUUGAUGGACGAUAUCAUCCGAGAGGAAUAAACGGAGCGCAUAAGAGAUCAGAUUGCCAGAGGUGAUGUGGCCUUGUAUGAUCGAAUUAUUGUGAUAUCUGCUUCAAAUUGAAGCUUGAAAUGAUUCGAUCAUUUAUUUCUAUAAUAUAGAAUUAUUUUUAUUUUCAAUACUACAAAGAAUAUUUUGAGUGAUACUAUGUUCUAGAAUUCAUUGGCUUUCUAGAUGUUACCUUAUAGAUUCCUCAUCUUAUUCAAUAAUUUAUUGUUCUCAAUUUUAAGUUUUCUUAUUCCUCAAUUCACUUGAUUAUAUAUUUUCUAUACUAGUUGUACAAAUGGAUUUGUUGAAAUGUGUAGCAGUGAAAUGUAGUUUCAGGUACUGAAAUAUUUAGAUAAUUAUUUACUUUAUUAUUCUGAAAAAAUUCAAUGAUGUAAUAUGGAUGGCAUUGAAACAUGAAAUAUCAGAAGAAACCAGAAUCACAAACAAGGAUAAAGGGGAGGAAUCCUUUUUCUUUCAUUUCAUGAAAUGAUACUUCUGCAUUAUGUUUACAAAAUUUUAAUUGUAAUUUGUCUUGUCAUUGUAAUUUGUCAAUUUGUCUUAUUCUCAAGAAAACGGCAAAAAAUGAAUUUAUCAAUGAGUUUUCGAUUUUAGGAAGAUGUUAUUUUUUUCGUUGGAUAUAGUUUGUCUCAAUUCAAAUUUUAGAUUAGACUACAAUAUUCAGUAUAAAUUUUUAUUUUUUUUUAACGAAAUUGAAUCAAAUAAUUUUCAAUAUUCCAAAUUCUGUUCACUGUGUUAAAGUUUUGAUAAUCAAACAAGCAAUUGCUAAUAUCUUAAUUCAUGUAUCAUAAUAUAAAUGAAAGUUUCAAGGCUCAACUAUCUGAUGUCAUUUUUAUGUUGUUCGUUUGAUGAAGAAAGGAAUAAUGUACGCUUGUUUUAAGAUGCUAAUUAAGUGAUCACGUAAUUACAUUAUUAUUUCAAUGCUCCAUUCUUAAUGUUCCUAAGUUUGUAUAUUUUCUUAUUCAUCAAUAUUAUAUAAUAAAGGAGUUUUGAAUAAAU